AUGCUCCGAGAGCGUCUCCGCGCCAGGAGCUGCUUGCUUCGAAGACAUCACUCUUCAGGCAGGUGGCCGAUUUUCACUCGGCGACGAAGAAAGAAGGAACAGACUCAGAGGUCCGAGAGUGCCAGCGAGGAGGUAAGGAGUUCGGACGAGGACUCGGUUGCCACCAGGCGGCGCUUCAACUGGCGCCAGGAGACCAUCGAGGUCUUGGCGGUUUGCACCGUGACAAGCACCAGCAGCGCCGCCAUGGACGUGGCGGCAAAGGGCUGGGCGGCUCCCCUGAAGACUGGCCCGGCCCGGGCUCUGCAGUCGGAGCUCUUCUGGAUUUCCGUCGUCGCCAACCUCAUCUUCUUGGUUGGCAUGCGUGCAGGGACGAUCAUCGGGUGCCACCGAUGCGACGUCCUUCUCUUCAUCCCUUGCUCCACAGUGAUGAACAUCUUCGUGAGCGUAGCGACGGGGCUGGUGGUGCUCGAGGAGUGGAAGGAAGUGAAGUCCUGGACGGGGCUGGCCUCGAGCUCUUUGACGGUCUUGGGCGGCAUCAUCAUGUUGGUCACGGGACCGGCGGAGGGCGACAGCGAGAGGUCGGCAAAGGACUCCGACUCGGAGACCCUCGAGGUCACCGGCUCCGAGGACUUCGAGGAGCCCUGCGUCUGUGACGCAGUGGAGAUUGAUGGAUCGGAUCCCGAUGAUCCGGAGGAGACAGCCAUGGCGACGACAGUCUCGUUUUCAAGCCUCCUCUACACCCACAAGAUGCAUGCUUUGGCCAGCAUGAACAAGAACCACUCCAGGGCUGCCUUUUACCGCGACUGCAUGCACAAAGGCUUGCGAGCGCUCAAACCGGAGAUACGCUUCGUUUCCGCGCCGGAUCUGCGUGCUCUGGAGGAGGAUCAUGCAUCAGCGAGCAGCUCUGGAGCGAUACCGUCGAAAGGCUAA